AUUAUUAUAUCUGUCAUAAUUAUAUAUUUUUUGAUGUAUUCUUUUUAAAGACAACAACAUUUAUUUAUUCAUACAUAUAAAUGUACAGCAGCAGCAGCACAGGUCUUCUCCACCACCACCACCACCACCACCACCUCAACCUCACGCACCUUGCUCAUGGCAGUUAGUUAGAAAUUUGUUUAGAAAUCCGCUCCGGUAUUCACACACGCGCAUAUAUAUAUAUAAUAUAAAUAUAAAUAUAAAUAUAUAUAUAGAGAGAGAGGGGGGGAGGGAUAUUCUUAUCUCCCGUUCUCACUCAACCCUUUCAUCCCUGUUACCCCUUUCCCUCUCUCUAUUUCUCAUAUUUUCUCUUCUCACUUUCUAUCUCUUGUGUCUCCGCUCCUUUGCUUGCUCCUCCCCCUUCUUCCUCCUCAAGGAUAAAUUAGCUUGGCUGGGAUGGAGGAUUACAACAGGAGUUGUCAAGACCAAGAGGACGCAUCCAAUGGGAAGAAAUAUGGAGGACUUGUGCCAAAGAAGAAGCCUUUGAUCUCAAAGGAUCAUGAGCGGGCCUUCUUUGAUUCAGCCGACUGGGCCUUAUGCAAGCAAGGUGCAGGGGUGAACCAAAUAUCUACCGUUGCCAUAGAGAAUUUACAGCCAAAGUUACAGAGAACACCCCAUCAGCGGCUCCCCCCAAGAAGACCUGGUUGUACUUCUGGAUGAUAUGGCUGUGCAGGGCUGUUAGAUAGAUGGAUCAAAGUGCUUCAUAGAUAAAGUUCUAUAUUGUGUGUGAUGGGAUUACAGUUUCAUGUGGUUCAGUGGUUGGGAUAUUUUCUACUCUUCUUCUUCUUCUUCUUCUUCUUCUUCAUCAUCAUCAUCUUAUGCUAAACCCAUCUCCCAAAGCAAACGAUUUGUUUAUCCGUGUUUAAAGUGACUGCAUACGGGUUGGUUGUUGGAAAUUUAGAUUCCAAACUUACUGUC